GGGGCGUGUUUGCAUGUAUUUGACUCCUCCUUCCUAAAAAGUUGAAGUAGAAUAAUGGGUAAAAAACAGCACCAGAAGGACAAGCUUUACUUGACCUGCACAGAAUGGUCAACUAUUUAUGGAGGCAAGAAAGCAGCUGCUGCUGCUAGAGGAGGAAAGUCUGAAUUCAAACGUCUCCCUUUUAGCUGCUGCAGUUUGUCGUUACAACCUUUUGAACAUCCUCUGUGUACUCCUGAAGGCGUGGUAUUUGAUCUAAUGAACAUCGUUCCCUAUUUGAAGAAAUACGGACAUAGCCCAGUUACUGGGAAGCCAAUGGAUGCAAAAUCUCUAACGAAAUUGAAAUUCCACAAAAAUAAUGAAGGAGAUUAUCAUUGUCCCAUUACUUUGAAAGUUUUCAACGAGAAUACUCACAUUGUGGCGAUAAAGACGAGCGGUAAUGUCUACUCAUAUGAUGCUAUUGAAAGGUUAAAUAUUAGCACCAAACAUUUUAGGGACUUGAUAGACGACACUCCCUUCAAGAGGUCAGACAUAUUGACCAUACAGGACCCGAAAGCACUGGAUAAGUUUGACAUUUCAAACUUUUAUCAUGUGCAGAAUAACCUGUUAGUUGAUGAAGAAGAGAUUGAAAGAGCUAAGAAAGAUCCUACUUAUUGCUUGCGUGUCAUAAACCCAGAGGCAAAAGCUGCCUUGGAAGGAUUAUACCAAGAGUAUAAAGCCCCGGAAAAGAAAGAGAAGACAAAAGAGAAGCUGACAGCAAGAAAUGCAGCUCACUAUUCCACAGGAGCAGUAGCUCAGUCCUUUACCAGUACUGUUGCUGAAGUAGCUACGUAUAAUGAAGCUGAUAUUUUGUCGCAAGAUGUGGUACGUUACAGUAGAGUUAAGAAGAAAGGUUAUGUCAGGCUUCAUACAAACAUGGGUGAUCUUAAUUUAGAAUUACACUGUGACCUGGUUCCUAAAACUUGUGAAAAUUUUAUUCUCUUAUGCAAAAAAGGCUAUUAUGAUGACACUAUAUUUCAUCGCUCCAUCAGACAUUUCAUGAUUCAAGGUGGGGAUCCAACCGGUACAGGCAGAGGUGGCGAAUCUGCUUGGGGUAAGCCGUUUGAUGACGAGUUCAAGCCGCAACUCACUCACUCUGAGAGAGGAAUACUCAGUAUGGCCAACAGUGGGCCAAAUACUAAUGGAUCACAAUUUUUUAUAACAUUCAAGUCUUGCCAUCAUUUGGACAGGAAGCACUCGGUAUUUGGUAAACUUGUCGGUGGCAUGGACGUGCUGUUAAAACUAGAGCGAGUUAGGACUGACAAAGAUAGACCAAUGGAGGAAAUUAAAGUUACUAGUGCUUCUGUUUUUGUUGAUCCUUUUGAAGAAGUUGACUUGCAGCUAAAGGAAGAAGAUGAGAAGGAGAAAGUUGAGGCUCUGGAAUCAAAGAAAAAGAAGAAAAAAGAUGAUUCAACACAACCUACUGUGUAUAGAAAAGGAAUAGGGAAGUAUAUCAGUCCAAAGACAAUCAAAGGAACACAGGCAGCACCUGAUCCACCAUCUUCUUCAUUAGCUGGGUCAAAGAGAACCAGUUCUUCAACUUUGAGUUCCUCUUCUGUCAGCGAAGCUUCAUCAAGUAAAAGGACUCCAUCGUCAUCAUUUCCAUCUACAAAAACUAAAUCCAAAGGUUUUGGUGAUUUCAGCUCAUGGUAAAAAAAAUGUGACAGAUUACAAUUGUUUUUUUUAAUUUUGAAAUCAAAAACUGUAAAUGUGAGAACAUAA